GGCCGCCAGCACCCGAUCCGCUAAGGAGAAAAGAAGAAGGCGGCGGAAGGAAAGGCAGGCCGAGGGAGAUAAAUUACUCCACCCCGGCCACUCGCCCCCGGCAGCGGCCAGCGGUCCUCCUCGCCCCCAUCCAAAUCCCACGCCGUCCCCCUCGCGGAGGAGGCCGGCGGCCAUGGAGGAGGAGAGGAAGGGGUUCCAGCCCCAUCUGAUGGGCCUGGGCGGCGGGGGCAGGCUGAGGGGCGCGGCGGGGGCGAUGGGCCUGCAGAAGCAGAACUCGUGGUCGCCCGACAUCGAGCGCGACGAGGCGUGGGAGCGGCGGCGGCGCGGGAUUCUCGGCCGGGGCCGCCGCUCGCCGCUGCAGCGCGCGCAGAGCGUCACCGACGACCAGCUCGACGAGCUGCGCGGCUCCCUCGAUCUGGGCUUCCGCUUCGACCCGCCCUCGCAGCGCUGCGCCGCCUGCGACGCCGGCAGGAGCCGCCUCGUCGAGACGCUCCCGGCGCUCGACCUCCUCUACGCCGUCGCCGCCAACGCCGGCGCCGGUGCCGGCGGCUGCGCGGCCGGCCAGAGCCAGUGCUCUUGCGGCGCCUCCUCGGAGGCCUCCGAGCCGUCGCCCAUCGGGAGCCCCCUCUCCAUACUCUCCCCAGAUGACCCGCCGGAGACGGUGAAGAUGAGGCUGAAGCAGUGGGCGCAGGUGGUGGCGCUGUCCAUGCGCAGCCGCUCCUGAACCAACCAGCCAUCAACAACUCCGUGGUACGCCAACGUGAAAGCUAUACCGAAUUCAGAGGAGGGACAACCAGCGACGCAGAAGAAAAGAAUCAUCCCUCCCUGGCUCGAGAUCGAAGAAGCAACCAAUGAUGAGCAAGCAAGCAACGAGAAGAGAAUCUAUUAGGUGUCGUCGGACGAUCGGCCAGCCGCCUUCCACAUCUGCUCUGGCAUCGCAUCUUGGACUAGCUAUAGCUUAGCCUGCUGCUACUAAUCGACUUUCUGUCACAUGUUUAUCGUUGAGCAAUUCGAAAACCAUACUCCGUAAUCCGCGUUACCUCUGUUAUAAUUAGUUCCUCCUCCCCUCCCCUGAUCUUCAGUCGCGGAGGCAUUGCUUCCGUUAGUAGUUACCUCCCCUGAUUUCGUCGUAGUAAUAAUUUCGACAUCCCUGUACAUUGGCGCAUCAUCACCAUCAAUCAUCAGCAGGUAGAUUAGAUUAAUUUUAA